AUGCUACCUCCUGUCCCGGUCCUCAGCGACUAUGGAAUCUCUCCAGAAUAUGGAUUCCUUCCGGCCGAGUUGCCUCUUGAGAGGCUCCCUGACCCAUAUUACAACAAGUGGGAAGCUAUCGUGGCAAACCUUCAGGGCUUGGUCUUGAGCAAGCGCUUGCGAGGAGUCAUUGAGAGACUUCCUAUUCUCUCAACUGCUGGUUUGGAACACGACUCGGAAUGGCGGAGAGCGUAUUCAUUGUUGUGCUUCAUGGCUCAUGGCUACAUCUGGGCUGGAGACAUCCCCUCAGAGCGCCUGCCAGCAGCCAUCACAAUUCCGCUCAUCCACGUCUCCACCUAUCUUGAAGUUUUACCAGUCGCUACAUACGCUGCUGUGUGCCUCUGGAACUUCAAGCCCUUAUUUGCAGAUGAGCACGUCGAUAACCUCGAGAAUCUAGCCACCCUCACGACGUUUACCGGCUCCAUCGACGAGUCAUGGUUCUACCUCGUUUCGGUUGCCAUCGAGGCACGAGGAGGCCCGAUACUUCCUCUCAUGCUCACUGCUAUUGAGGCGGCCAGAGUCAACGACAGUCGCACCGUGGCAGCUUGUCUCAGAGCGUUUGCCGAAAGACUCGAUGAUCUGGGCACUCUCCUUCAACGCAUGCAUGAAAGCUGCGACCCACAAGUUUUCUACAACCGCAUCCGUCCCUUCCUCGCAGGAAGCAAGAACAUGGCAGAGGCAGGAUUGCCCAAUGGUGUGAUCUACGAGGAUGGUACGGGCAAGGAGAAAUACAGACAAUACAGUGGUGGCAGCAAUGCACAAAGUUCCCUCAUCCAAUUCUUCGACAUCAUUCUUGGCAUCGAGCAUCGUCCAACUGGUGAAAAGAAGGACCCUGCUUCCGAGAGCGAGAAAGAGGGCACCGGACCUCCGCUCAAGCAUAAUUUCCUGCUAGAGAUGCGAAAAUAUAUGCCUGGACCGCACCGCCGUUUCCUCGAGGAUGUCACCAAGGUCGCGAAUCUCCGCGAUUAUGUGGAAGCACAUAGCAAUAACCGCGAAUUGACUGUGGCUUACGACGCCUGUCUCGCAAUGCUUCGAGCAUUCCGCGACAAGCACAUCAAUAUCGUCUCUCGCUACAUCAUCAUCAAAUCCCGCGAGUCACGCUCUUUGUCUCGCUCCAAGAGCCCCGUUGCAGAGCGCCGCAAGAUGGAUAUCGCUACCGCCUCUCGUCAAGACAAGAAUGAUUCUUCUAACAAGAAGAAGUUGAAGGGAACGGGCGGUACGGCCUUGAUUCCAUUCUUGAAGCAGGCACGUGAUGAGACUGGAGAGCCGGCUAUUGAUUCCUGGGCUAGACGUGUGAUGAAUAGGGAUUUCAGCACGAGAGGCCAGGGUGAUUUCUUCCUUGGCAAGGAGGAGGCGACGGAUGGCGAGUGUGGAUUAGCGGGAACUUGGAGUAUUGAUGAGAAUGUUGGGGGUAUUUGUCACUACUAA